CGUGGCGGCAACCGAAUUCGGCUUGAGCAUAUUCUCUGGUGCGUAUACUUGGUUCAUGCAAUUGAUUAACAGCUGACAUCGCGAGCUAGCUAGCACUACUAGCAGUUCGACCGCAGCAGCUCGCUCCGCAGUUAAUGGCGACCACCGUGUCCGGGUCGGCGCUCCGGCGGCUCUACCUCUCCGCCUACAACUGGGUCGUCUUCUUCGGAUGGGCGCAGGUGCUGUGCUACGCGGCCUCGGCGCUGCUGGAGAGCGGCCAUGAGGCCGUCUACGCUGCCGUCGAGCGGCCGCUGCAGUUCGCGCAGACCGCAGCCUUCAUGGAGAUUCUGCAUUCGAUUCUAGGGUUUGUGAAGUCUCCGAUUUCGACAACUCUUCCACAAAUCACUGGAAGAUUGUACAUCACAUGGGGCAUCUUGUGGAGCUUUCAAGAGGCGCAAUCUCAUGUUCUUGUAACUUCAUUGAUCAUAAGUUGGUCCAUCACUGAGGUCAUCAGAUAUUUUUUCUUUGCUAUGAAGGAGACAUUUGGGUUUGCACCUUACUGGCUCCUAUGGCUUAGGUAUAGCACCUUUCUGGUGUUCUAUCCUACCGGCAUGUUAAGCGAGGCUGGCCUAAUCUUAGUUGCCAUGCCCUUUAUGAAGGUAACUCAAAUUAAUAACUACAGAUGGAAAUGGUUUCAUGUUGUUCAUUUGAACAGUCUUGUUUGUUACAUAUGCUCUGAUAUUUGGGGUUUGCCUCAGACGUCAAGGAAAUACUAUCUUAUGAUGCCUAAUAAAUGGAAUUUCUCCAUCGACUACCGCCAUGAAUUGGCUCUUGACACGGCUCUAAUCAUACCAGGAUUUCCGUACUUGUUUCGUUAUAUGGUGGAUAAGCGGAAGAAGGUCUUGUUAGCAGCAAAGACAGUAUGAUACUGUAAUUGCUUCUUGUGCAAUCAUGUUGAGAAAGAGGGAAUGUGGAAUACUAGAAUAAAAUUAUUUAAACCUUGAAUCA